UUUUAGCAAAUUUUCUAACAAUCAAUCCGUUUUCGAUUCUUCCAUAACAAAAAGUUCUGGAACCUUCUAUUGAGAGUGCUUGUGGCCUCCUCAACGCUCACUCGUUUCACUCGUUCUAGGGCUUAUUGAUUCUUCAGAUUUUUCAUCUUUUCAUCCGAUUUUAACGGCUUGAUGCAAAACUACUAUCGAGUCGGGGGUCUCACUGGAAGCAGCCUCUCUAUUCGUACGGGGUAGAGAAAAACACAUGUACAAACACAAAAUACACCGGCGAACAAUAAGGUCUUCUAAAGCCGUUGGCCACAAAAAGCAGCAUACAAGACUGUGUUUCAACCGGAGGGAGGGCCGUGACUAAGGCUAGUUGAGGAAUCAGGAAAUCAUGGCGAAACAUCAUCCCGAUUUGAUCAUGUGCAGGAAGCAGCCAGGAAUUGCCAUUGGACGCCUUUGUGAAAAAUGUGAUGGCAAAUGCGUGAUUUGUGACUCUUAUGUGCGUCCAUGCACACUCGUGCGCGUCUGUGACGAGUGCAACUAUGGCUCUUUCCAAGGUCGCUGUGUCAUAUGCGGAGGUGUUGGUAUUUCUGAUGCGUAUUACUGCAAAGAGUGCACACAGCAGGAGAAAGAUAGGGACGGGUGUCCGAAGAUCGUUAAUCUGGGAAGUGCUAAAACUGACCUGUUUUACGAACGGAAAAAAUACGGUUUCAAGAAACGUUGAUAAACAACUUCUUUUAAUGAUUGUAACACCAAGCAUGAGAUGAAGUAUCCUCUCAUUUAUCCAAAAUAAUAUGCUUUUGGUUGUAUUUUGGAUUCAUGAGACAAAUUGCAGGUCAUACAACACUUAUGAGUUAGAAUCUGUGGAUUUGAUGAUGCUUUUUUUUUUUUUUU